UAUCAAUAGCUUCCACACCAGUUCUCCACUCUUAAAACAGAUUAUACAUAGUACAGAUAUGUCUGGAACUAAGGGAGGAAGUGGCAUCAUUGGUGGUGGCGGCUGUGGUGUGAGCAGUGGUGGAGGUAGUGGUGGAACUGGCUGUGGUGGCACUGGAUCAGUAUCUGCCCAAUGUGGAACUACUGGCACAAAUAUACCAAUACAACAAUGCCAGGGCACAAGCACUGUCCAACAAACAAGCACAGGCACAGGCACAGCUAACCCCUGUCUAGGCCAAGGUGGUAACACUGGUGGAGGUUGUCUCAGUGGAGGUGGUUCAGGAGGCUGUGGAGGCCAGACUGGUGGAGGUUCAGCCAAAAAGUGAUAUGGAGAAAAAAAACCUCUGAAAAUAUCUGCUCAAUAAACAUGGAAAAAUGAAUCAAUAAAAUCCAAUAUCUACACAAAUUCUUACUUUACUGUCAAACAUUAAUUAUUUUGAUUAAACAAUGAUUUGAUUAAAUGAAUUCAAAUUAAA